AUGAAGCGUUUUCUGUUUACUUUGGCCUCGGCUUUUGCUCUUUUCCUAGCUUCUUCCUGCGUUUCUGCUGCUGUAGUUGAACACACUUUCAAUAUUGGUAACCUGACUGUGUCACGCUUGUGCAAUCAGCGUGUGAUUACAGCAGUUAAUGGAAGCCUACCUGGGCCAACGAUUAACGUUGAAGAGGGUGACACUCUUGUGGUUCAUGCAAUUAACGAUUCACCCUACAAUAUUACCCUUCAUUGGCAUGGAAUUUUUCAACUUUUGAGUGCUUGGGCAGACGGUCCUGAAUCUGUAACUCAGUGUCCAAUACGUCCUGGUGAAAGGUAUACCUAUAAAUAUAACAUAACAGGACAAGAAGGUACCCUUUGGUGGCAUUCACACUCUUCUUUUCUACGUUCAACUGUUUAUGGGGCUCUCAUCAUUCGCCCUCGAAAAGGAAACACAUACCCUUUUCCUUCAUUUUACCAAGAAAUCCCUCUAUUGAUUGGGGAGUGGUGGAAUGCUAAUGUUGUUGAUGUGGAGAACGAUGCACAGGAAACUGGUCUCGGUCCAGUUGAGUCAGAUGCCUACACCAUUAACGGCUUGCCCGGUGAUUCUUACAAUUGCUCUCAAAAUCAGACAUACCAAGUCCAGGUGAAGCAUGGAAAAACCUAUUUGCUACGCAUCAUCAACGCUGCGCUCAAUGAGCAACACUUUUUCAUGAUAGCCAAUCACACAUUCACAGUGGUAGCGAUCGACGCUUCCUACACCAAACCCUACAACACCGAUGUUAUUGUUCUUGCCCCAGGCCAAACCGUGGAUGCACUCAUGACAGCAAACCAAACCCGAGCUUCUUACUACAUGGUUUUCACCCCAUACCACUCCAACCCCAACGUCGGAAUCAACGCCAACAUAACCCGAGGCUUGCUCGUUUACCACAAUGCUACGUCGGCAUCACCCGUCAUGCCAAGCCUUCCGCCCCAAACAGACACACCCACGGUCCACAAGUUUUACACCAACAUCACGGGCUUGGGCUACGGGCCCCACUGGGUCCCCGUGCCACGUCACGUCGACGAACACAUGUUCGUAACUUUUGGGAUCGGGUUAGACCACUGUAACGAGACCGGACCAAACGCCUGUAAUGGGCUAAACUUUAGACUCUCCGCCAACAUGAACAAUGAGUCGUUUGUUUUGCCUAAGGGGCUUUCUAUGAUGGAGGCUAUGUACCGAAAUGUGAGUGGUGUUUACACAAGAGAUUUUCCUAGUAAUCCUCCGUUUGAGUUUAACUACACUGAUCCAGCUUUGGAGACUAACGGUACGGACAUAGCGUUUGCACCAAAAUCGACUAAGGUGAAGACUUUGAGGUUCAACUCGACGGUGCAAGUUGUGCUUCAGAAUACGGCUAUACUGGCCAGGGAGAAUCAUCCCAUUCACCUUCACAGCUUCAAUUUCCAUGUCUUGGCACAAGGGUUUGGGAAUUAUGAUGCAAACGUUGACGAAUCAAAGUUUAAUUUGAAUAAUCCUCAGAUUCGUAACACGAUUGCAGUGCCGGUCGGAGGAUGGGCCGUUAUUAGAUUCCAAGCAAAUAAUCCAGGUAUGUGGCUUAUGCACUGCCAUUUGGAGACUCAUUUGCCAUGGGGGUUAGCGAUGGCUUUUGAGGUUGAAAAUGGACCUGAACCAUGGAAGUUGCCUCCGCCACCAGCUGAUUUGCCGCAGUGUUAAGUACAAAAUGUACCGAUAAUUUAGUGCUCAUAAAUUAAAGUAGAAAUAAGUGGUGAUUUUAUCAUAUAUAUGUAUUAUGUACAAUGCCUUUUCGAUAAGGUGAAUCCGUAAUUCAAUUUGUUUGACCGCGAAUAAAUAAAGAGUUUGAUAACGAGAUAAAAGUUAUUUUAAUGAU